CUGUUUGGCACACACACACACACACACACGCACACACAUGUACAGUAUGUACAUGAACCAAACGGGGUGUGACUGAGAAAAGCGACCGCGCGCAACAAGCGCGAGACUCAGCACUGCUUCUGCACGAGCUCAUUUUUUCAACUUAGAAAUGACUUUAAGUCACUUUUUACCUCACUUUCAUCCGUGUUUGUUUGCGGUGUGAACAUAUUUUUUCGCUUGUUGCCUAUUUUCGUGGCUUUUCAACCUUUUACAUCAACUUCCAGCAUGCAUUUCCAAUGCAAAAAUAGUUUUGCUUUUUCUCAGCAUCAGACAUCUGACUGAUUUCUAACUCCACUACAGGGAUUCAAGGUGAUGCUGAACUAAAAGUGCAACAUCCAGAUCUCUCUCCCUCUCUUUCACAGGAGUUUAGAAGAUGUGUGAGAAGCUGUUUUUGAUUGCACUGCUGGUGUGUGUGUGGCUCCUGUGCGCUCAGUCAGUGUCCAGCAGCAACCGAAGCUCUAGGGGACAUCCAGGUGGAGUAAAACCUGGUACUUGUGAGGUGGUGGCUGCCCAUCGCUGCUGCAAUAAGAAUAAGAUUGAGGAAAGAUCUCAGACAGUCAAAUGCUCAUGCCUCAUUGGACAGGUGGCAGGAACAACCCACGCACGGCCGUCAUGUGUGGAGGCAUCUAUCGUGCAUCUGAAGUGGUGGUGUCAGAUGGAGCCGUGCUUGGAGGAUGAGGAAUGUAAAGUUCUCCCUGACCUCACCGGCUGGUCCUGCAGCUCUGGGAACAAAGUGAAAACCACCAAAGUGAGCAGGCCACCGAGACCCGCAAAAUAGAACUCAUUUCCAUCAUCUAUAAGUAGUCUCAUUUGGCUGACCUUUUCAGAAGUCAUACGCUUAUCUCCAGCAGUAAUGUACAACAAUGUCUGGUGUCCUAGAAAUCCAGUCUAGGCUAUGGCUGCUAUGAUUGUUCUUAGCCAGUCUGUAAAUGUUAAUGGCUGCAAGAGUAGAGAUGGAUAUUAUGCCCACGGCUGCUGGGAUUUCUCACAAAUGUGGUUAUUGAUACUGCAUUUGUACUAAACCUCUCAUUCUUUCUUGCCCUCUGUUCUGUUUUGCACAAGCGACACAAUAGCGUGAUACUGGCUACAUAUGCUUUGACAUCACACUUUACGGAAACUGCAGAAACUCGUAAUGAUGUGUUAUCACAAUCACCUACAGCUACAAGUGUUGAGAAUACACAGAUGUACACAAAUGAGAGAA